CCUAAGUCGAGGAGUCGGUUCGCGUCUCUUUUCGCUGUUUCGCCAGUCAACGCGUCCAAGUGCGACGGCGACGCCGUCCCCGCGAGUGCCAGUGAUCCCGAGUGCGAGUGUGCGCCGGUCGGCGUAAUCCGGGCACCCGGAGUCGUCGCGACUCCUGGGCGAACACGCCGCGCACCUAGCCGAAACCGUCCACCCGUUUUUAAUCCCCGGAACGGCACCUUCAAAAGAAUCCGGUAAAUUGAGGAACCAUUACAAACAUAUUUAGAGAGCGAACGCGCACCAACGGCACCGGCGCAUGUUUUCAGGCCCGAUAGUAGCGCUUUUGUUCUGGUUAUUAGCAGCUCCAUAUCAAGGGAUGCUACAGCCUUCCAGGCCUCGCAACCAGGAUGCGUGAACGCACAAAAUGACGCUGUCGACGAUGCUGCUGCUCCUGCUCCUGGCGGCGUCCAGGGCGGAGCACGUGCGCGACCUAGAGGUCUCCGAAGGGGCGCCCGUCGGCACCAGGAUUGGAUUCAUAGGUGACGGGGCUUCCGAUAGUGGACCUCCGUAUCUUAUCGUUCCGGUUGGAAGUGCCGUCGACUCGGACCUCAACAUUGAUCAAACGACUGGAGAAAUACGGACUAAAGUGCCUUUAGAUCGCGAAACGCGAUCGAGUUAUUCUUUAGUGGCCAUCCCAAUCAGAGGUGACAAUGUGAAAGUGGUUGUUAAAGUGCUAGAUGAAAAUGACAACGCGCCCACUUUUCCGAUGUCAAUUAUGAGCAUCGAAUUCCCAGAAAAUACACCAAGAGACGUCAAAAGGACUCUACACCCGGCGAGAGACCUAGAUCUUGAUAUUUUCAACACACAAAGAUACAACAUUGUUUCAGGGAAUAUCAACAACACGUUUAGAUUAUCGUCACAUAGGGAACGCGACGGAGUGCUUUAUUUAGACCUGCAGAUUAACGGGUUCUUAGACAGGGAAACAACACCAGCUUAUAGCCUCGUUAUAGAGGCACUCGAUGGUGGAACUCCUCCUCUUAGAGGCGAAAUGACGGUCAAUAUAACUAUCCAAGAUGUAAAUGACAAUCAACCAAUUUUUAAUCAAAGUAGAUACAUUGCAACCAUUCCUGAAAACGCCACAGUUGGAACAACUGUUCUCCAAGUCUUCGCUAUCGAUAAAGAUUCAGGAGAGAACGGUCAAAUCGAAUAUUCGAUCAAUAGACGACAAAGUGACCGAGAUAACAUGUUUCGAAUCGAUCCAACAACCGGUCUCAUCGUAGUCAACAAACCCUUAGACUUUGAAACUAAGGAACUCCACGAACUCGUCAUCGUAGCCAAAGAUCAUGGUUUACAACCAUUAGAAACCACUGCUUUUGUCUCAAUCAAAGUAACAGACGUGAAUGAUAAUCAACCCACAAUCAAUGUAAUUUUCUUGAGCGAUGAUGCUACGCCUAAAAUAAGCGAAUCAGCACAACCUGGUGAAUUUGUAGCAAGGAUAUCUGUCAACGAUCCCGAUUCGAAAACGGAAUAUUCUAACAUAAAUGUCACACUAAGUGGAGGCGACGGUCAUUUCGGGUUGACCACAAGAGAUAACAUCAUUUAUUUGGUAAUAGUGUCUUUGCCUUUGGACAGGGAAUUGCAACCGAAUUACACUUUGGAUGUGGUGGCUACCGAUCGCGGAAAUCCUCCACUUCACGCCUCCAGGACAAUAAAUCUGAUGGUGACUGAUAUAAACGAUAACGCGCCUGAAUUUGACCAAGAAGUGUACCACGCAAAUGUGAUGGAAGUGUCCGAUCCAGGGAGUUCAGUGAUUCAAGUUUUGGCUACUGAUAAGGACGAGGGAAAUAACAGUGCAAUCAGUUAUUCAUUGUUGGACACCGCCGAGACGCACUCGUCUUGGUUCCAAAUCGAUUCUCGCAGUGGUUUGGUGACGACUCGGGCUCAUGUCGAUUGUGAAACCGAUCCAGUGCCGCGUCUAACCGUGGUUGCUACAGAUAACGGUUUUCCUCCUUUAUCGUCUUCAGCGACAGUGCUAGUGACCAUCCACGAUGUCAACGACAACGAGCCCAUCUUCGACCAGAGUUUCUACAACGUUUCAGUGGCCGAAAACGAGGCCGAAGGACGCUGCAUCCUAAAGGUUUCGGCGACCGAUCCCGACUGCGGCGUCAACGCUAUGGUAAAUUACACUCUCGGUGAGGGUUUCAGCAAGCUGAAGGAGUUCGAGGUGCGUUCGGCCACCGGCGAGGUCUGCAUCACUUCUUCCUUGGACUACGAGACACGAAACGUGUACGAAUUUCCGGUCGUUGCCACCGACAGAGGGGGUUUGAGCACAACCGCUAUGGUUAAAAUCCAAGUAACCGAUGUCAAUGACAACCGCCCCGUUUUCUACCCUCGUGUCUACAACGUUUCACUGCGCGAGGGUGGCGCCUCCUCUUCGGCGACAACCCCUGUGGUCGUUGUUGCUACCACCGACCCGGAUUCUGGCCGUUUUGGCACCGUCACCUACAAAAUCGUGGCCGGAAACGAUGCUGGACUUUUCCGCAUUGACAAAAACUCCGGGGAAAUUUUCAUCAAUCGGCCCAAUCUUCUCUCAUCCCGGAGCCAGCCAUAUCACCGACUCAAUAUUAGUGCUACUGAUGGUGGUAAUUUGAAAUCUCUCGCCGAUGCUGAGGUUUUCAUCAGUGUUAUUGAUUCGGCCCAACGUCCACCCAUUUUCGAACAUCCUCGAUACACCUAUUCGGUGAAAGAAGACGUGAGGAAAGAGACGAUAGUCGGGAAUGUCAAAGCCACUGUCAGAGAUUCAGGGGACCACAAAAACAUCCGCUAUUCGAUCUACUCCGGGGACCCGGAGGGCUUUUUCCGGAUAGACCCUUCGACUGGUGCCAUCCGAACAGCCUCAUCCCUCGACCACGAGCUCCGGAGUAGCGUUCUCCUCAACAUCCAAGCCACAAACGGCGAUCCCCCCGUCUACGGCCACACCCAAGUCAAUAUUGAGAUUCAGGACGUCAACGACAACGCCCCGGAAUUCGAAUCAAACGUCGUCCGGAUUUCCGUUCCGGAGAAUGUCGAAACGGGGAUUGCUCUCUACGCCGCCCAUGCCCGAGAUCGCGAUUCCGGCGCUAAUGGCGUCGUACGUUACAAAAUCGUCAACAACGGCGCUACCGGCGGCCUGUUCAACGUUGACCCUAAGCUGGGUCACUUGACUCUGACAAGACAUUUAGAUUACGAAACGACCCAGCGGCACAGCUUGAUUAUAACAGCGACCGACACUGGAAUUCCACCAUUAUCUGCCAACUUGACGGUGUUGGUCGAGGUGCAAGACGUAAACGACAAUCCUCCGGUUUUCGAAAGGAAUGAGUACAGUAAGAGUGUGGAGGAGGCGAGACCGGUCAACUCGCAGAUUCUGCAAGUCACGGCGGUGGAUCUAGAUACCGGAAACAAUGCUAGGUUGACUUAUAGACUUCUUGCCGGAAACAACACCGGGGAGGUUUUUGGAAUUUUUCCAAACAGUGGUUGGCUGUAUUUAAAAGGAAGUUUAGAUAGAGAAAUCAAAGAUCGCUACGAAUUGACAGUCAGUGCCACUGACAACGGUACUCCUUCAUUAAGUGCCACCGCAAAAAUCCUCAUUAAAGUCAGUGAUGCCAACGAUAACGACCCGAAAUUCACCAAAGAAAAUUACGAAUUCAGCAUUGAGGAGAAUCUGAGAUCAGGGUCUCCCGUAGGAAAACUCUCGGCUACUGAUGAGGACAUCGGGAUUAAUGCCGUUAUUCGCUACAGUUUAAUACCAGGAAACACCAGCUUCCAGAUAAAUCCAGCAAGUGGCGAGAUCACCGCCAAAGAACCCCUCGAUCGGGAACGGAAAGAAACCUACGAUCUUGUGGCCGAAGCGAGGGAUCAAGGUACUCCAUCGCGGAGCAGCAGGGUGGCUGUCAAAAUUCACGUGUUGGACGUCAAUGAUAACAUUCCCGAAAUUAUUGAUCCACAAGAGGACGUGGUUAGCGUCCGGGAGGAACAACCACCGGGGACGGAAGUUGUGAGAGUUAGAGCGGUGGAUGCUGACAACGGCCAAAAUGCUUCAAUCACUUAUUCGCUUUUAAAACGCCAAGAUUCGGACGGUUAUGGAGUUUUUAAAAUUGAUCCCCUCACCGGGGUUAUCAAAACAAGAAUGAUGCUAGAUCACGAGGAGAAAACCAUUUAUCGUUUGGCGGUUGUUGCAAGUGAUGCUGGGAAACCUCCGAAACAAAUCGUCCGAGUACUGAGAGUUGAAGUUUUAGACUUGAACGACAACAGACCCACCUUUACCAGUUCAAGUCUAGUUUUUCGAGUUCGCGAAGAUGUAAAAAUCGGACACGUUGUAGGCACAGUAGCCGCAUCUGAAUCUGCGGAUCAAGAAAAUAUGAUCAGUGGGAGUACUGGAGGACACAUUACCUACACUUUAACAUCGUUAAUGCCGGAGAAUGUUAUCGAUGCUUUCGAUAUUGACCGCAGUACCGGCUCACUGGUUGUUGCUAAAGAAUUAGAUAGGGAACGUGAAUCUGAGUAUCGGUUGGAAGUACGGGCUUUAGACACAAGUGCUAUGAAUAACCCCCAAAGUAGCGCUAUAACGGUCAGGAUCGAUAUCGCUGAUGCUAAUGAUAACUCUCCGCGUUGGCCCGAAGACCUCGUCACAAUUUCCUUGAGCGAAAACACGGCAAUUGGUACUUCUAUCCACAAUUUCACAGCAACGGACGUCGAUAGUGGCAGUAAUGGGGACAUUCGGUACCAUCUCCUCCACCAAUACCCGACAAAUGACACUUUUACCAUUGACACCCUCACUGGAACUUUGAUCCUUUCCAAUUCCCUUGACUAUGAAACUGUCCAAGAAUACACGAUCAUAAUCUCAGCUACUGACCAGUCUUUCAACAUAUCCGAGCGCAGAUCUUCAUCAAUCACCGCUCGCAUAAUCAUAACUGACUCAAACGAUAACCCCCCAAAAUUCGUCAUUCCUGUACCCCCAACCGCCUUCAUCAGCGAAUCCAGCACCAUAGGCAUGAAAAUCACCCACUUGGUAGCCGUCGACAGCGAUAGCGGCGAUAACGGCCGUGUGACAUAUGUGAUUUCGAGCGGAAAUGAAGGCAGUUUAUUCGCGUUGGGUUACGACACGGGCGUUUUGACCUUAGCCAAACCUCUUCCUGACGCACAAAGAACUUACGUUCUAAAUGUAACAGCCACUGAUCACGGGACGCCUACACUUCAUGCCGAUAUGGAGUUAAAAUUAAUCGUGCAAGGAUCUGAAGUGAACCCUCCUCGGUUUUUUAACGCAUUAUACAGGGCCGAUGUACCGGAAGAUGCACCUGUCGGUACUUUCGUCACGAGGAUCACCGCCAAAUCGGGACUUGUUGAAGAUGGUGGUAACAUCACUUUCUACAUACCACAAGAAAUCGCCGACGGGGCUUUUCAAAUCGACCCUACCUCAGCCGUAAUCACCACAAGCAAAUAUUUAGAUCGCGAAACAAAAAACACAUAUACUCUCCCCAUUUACGUUAUUGAUAAUACCACACCGGGGAAAACUCUAUUUGAUGUUGCUACUAUUAUAAUAGAAAUCACAGACGUAAACGACAAUGCACCAGAAUUCAAAAUUAACUCGUGUUACAGACUUUACGUUCCUGAAAAUAACGAUAUUGCUGUGAUUCAUACAGUGGUUGCGAAAGAUUUGGAUGUGGGCCCUAAUGGAGAGAUUACGUAUAGUAUCACUGGGGGAAACGUGGGGAAUAAAUUUAUCAUUGAUAAUAAAACAGGAGCAUUGACUGCGAAACCUCUAGACCGUGAAUCGCAUUCGAGGUAUUACCUAACCAUCACGGCUCAAGACCGAGGCAAACCCUCAAUGAUGGGUUUUUGCAAUAUCACUGUGAUGGUCGAAGAUCAGAAUGAUAAUGACCCCAAAUUUGAUCUCUCCAAAUACUCCACCACUAUCCCUGAAGAUAUUUCAAUUGAUACUUCAAUUAUCAAAGUUCACGCUUCUGAUGCUGAUAUGGGUGUCAAUGCUCGAAUCAUCUAUUCUUUAGCCAAUGAAAGUCAGUGGUUAUUUCGGAUUGACAAUAAAAGUGGAGUAAUUACCACUGCAGGGUUAUUCGAUCGGGAGCUUCAGUCGGUCUACAAUUUUUUAGUAGUUGCCACUGACAGUGGUAAAUACAAUGCUAGGUCACAAAGAGUGCCAGUUACAGUACGCAUUGAAGAUAUUAAUGACAACAAACCGAUUUUCACCCAAUAUCCCUUUCGUGAACAAGUGGCAGCAUACAAACAACCGGGUCAAACUAUUCUUAAAAUUACAGCAAAAGAUGCUGACUUUGGCACCAACUCUGAGAUUGUCUACAGUCUUGUUAAUGACGGUUCCUACCCAAAAUUUCGUAUCAACCCCAAUUCCGGUAUUUUAACGGCAACCCAAAGUCUUGCAACUGAAAAUGGCCGAGUUAUUCACCUUAACAUCAUUGCUACCGACAAGGGUAACCCUCCUCGAAGUUCCACCGGACUUGUCGAAAUAAUCGUUGGCGAGAUUCCCGAAGGAACGCCUCAAUUGCGUUUCCAAAACUCCACUUACAUAGUCAACAUCCCCGAAAACACGGAAAAAUUCAAAGACAUUGUCCGAGUAUCAGCAGUUCGCACCGAUGGUCGUCGACAGCGAAUCUUGUAUUCAUUCGGUACAGGAAACGAAGACAAUAUCUUUUACAUCGACUCCGAAACUGGUGUUAUUCAAGUCCACGACCCGAAAAACCUCGACUACGAACUUCACAAAGAAAUACGACUUGUUGUCGAGGCGAAAACCGAAGGGGGUCCUGUUUUGCACGGAUACUGCGAAGUUGUGAUGCAACUAACCGAUAUCAACGACAACGCGCCUAAAUUCACUCAACAACAAUACUCCGCCUCGGUUUGGGAGGGUGACAAGAAAGGGGCUUUCGUGCUUCAAGUUGUCGCGUUUGAUGAUGAUGAGGGACAUAAUUCGCGGAUCCGGUACCACUUUCUUGACGGCAAUCACGACAAUGCGUUUAAAAUCGAGCCUGAGUUCAGUGGAAUUUUGAAAACUAACAUUGUUCUGGAUCGGGAAAUUCGCGAUAAUUACAAAUUGACUGUUAUAGCAACUGAUGAAGGUGUGCCCCAAAUGACUGGAACGGCAAGAAUUGUUAUCAAUGUGGUCGAUGUUAAUGAUAAUCAACCUACUUUUCCGCCCCCUGCGACCAUCAAUGUGAGUGAAGCGACUGAAGUUGGAACGGUUUUGACAACAGUGGCGGCUAACGACGUCGAUACUAAUCCUACUUUGACUUACGAUUUUGCAAAAGACAAUUCCAGAGAAGACUUAGAGUUUUUUAGUAUCGAUAGGUUUAGUGGGAAAAUAAUUUUAAAGAAAAUGCUAGAUUUUGAGACGUGGCAGGAGUAUAAAUUGAAAAUUGUGGCUUCGGAUACAGCGCACACCACCAAAACUACUCUUACGAUCAAAGUCACCGAUGUCAAUGAUAAUGCUCCUGUGUUUUCGCAAUUAGUUUAUCAAACGAAUUUACCAGAUGGGCAUUCGACCGAAUUGAGUGAUAUUCUAACUGUCAACACUACCGACAGUGACUCAGGUGAUAAUGCUCGAGUGGAGUUUUUCCUACUUAACCCGAUCCCGAGUUUUUCGAUUGGACGCACCGAUGGCAUUUUACGUGCAAAUUUAUCAAACAUAUCGACUUCAAGUACACAAGAUAUUCAGCUUUAUGUACAAGCGACUGAUUUGGGGAAGCCUCCAAUGAAAUCAGUUGUGUCAGUCAGAAUCAAGAUUAACAGCAGAUCCGGGCAUGUGUCAUCAAGUAAUAAAAAAGAUUACAAAAUUCAAAUUCCUGAGAGUACGCCGAAGGGUACUAUCGUACUUCAUUUGGGAAAACCUCCUAAUGUCCAAAAACAAGCCAGUUUUUACAUAGUCGAUGGUAAUGAAGAAGGCGCUUUUGAGGUGUCAAGUUCUACCGGAGCUCUGAUUGUUAUCCAGACACUUGAUCGGGAACAUAGGGAGUCCUACAGUCUCAAAAUUACCAUCGGGGACUCAUCAGUGAUUGCCGUCUCGAUCAAUGUUGAAGAUACAAAUGAUAAUGCUCCUGUGUUUAAACAAACCGAUUAUGAGACUACCAUCAGUGAAGGUACUCCGAUUGGUACUUCCAUCAAGAGAUUUGAAGCGACUGAUGGAGAUUCAUCAGGGCCAAACUCGGAUAUUACUUAUGAUAUAACAUCAGGGAACGACGAACAUUUAUUCCGAUUGGACAUGAUAUCUGGAGUACUGUUCGUCAAUGGUACUCUUGACUAUGAUAAUGGUAUUACCGAGUACAAUCUAGUGAUUCGAGCAUGUGAUAGAGCUGCUAUUCCUCUAUGUACUCUCAAUAUUUUUGCGAUUGAGCUUCAGGAUGAGAACGACAACGAACCAAAAUUCCCGGUAUCGGAGUACUUGGAAUUUGUUGGCGAGAACGAAUCAGUUGGUACUUCUGUUUUCACAGCUCAUGCUACUGAUCUAGACAAGGGUGCUUUCGGAUCUCUAAACUACUCUAUCGUGAGUGCGAGUUCAGUUAAUUACCCAGGAACCGACGAUUCUUGGCGACUUUUUAACAUCGAUUCCUCCACCGGGAUGGUCACAACCAACGUCAUCUUUGAUUACGAACAACAAAGCCGGUAUGUGUUCAUAGUGCGUGCGACGGACGUGGGAGGAAAAUCCUCCAAUGUGAAAGUGCGUGUUGAGAUCGAAAGUAAGGACGAAUUCCAUCCGCAGUUUACGGAACGGACUUACAAAUUCGUAUUGGCGACUUCGGUGGUACUUCCGGUCGGGUAUGUAGUGGGCCAUGUGAUAGCCACCGAUCGCGACAAAGGGCCUGAUGGACGUGUAGUGUAUCAAUUGACCACUCAACACUCCUACUUUAAGAUAAACAGAACAACAGGUGCUGUGAUAAUCAAGAAAAAGUUUGAUAAUGAAGGACUGGAAUCGGGGCGUGAAAUCAGUCUAGUGGUGACCGCAAGCUCUGGACGUCAAGGUUCCUUAACAAACAUGACAGUUGUUGAAAUAACACUCGAUCCGUUAGCCGAUCCGGGCACCAAUUUAGCCAUAAAUCGCGAAAAUAACACCACCGUGGCAGCAGCCAACGGCGGAAUCGCUGAUUGGGCGUUGGGACUCUUAAUCGCUCUGAUUCUCCUACUAAUCACAUUCGGUGCUGUUUUUGUGUUCUUACACAUGAGGAAUAAACGUAAUAAGAAGAUUAACAAACCGAAUUUGAACAGUGAAAGUGUCAGUACUUCUAAUAAUUACGUCGAUCCGAGCGCGUUUGACACGAUACCGAUUCGGGGUGGUGGAGGGGUUGUUACUAGUGGUACUAAUCAAUUUGCCCCUCCGAAAUACGACGAAAUUCCUCCGUACGGCCCUGGACACGCCGCGAGUUCUAAUUCGGGGGCUGCGACAACUUCGGAGUUGUCCGGGUCGGAACAAUCAGGGUCAAGUGGGCGUGGAUCAGCGGAGGACGGUGAAGAUGGCGAAGAUGAAGAAAUUCGCAUGAUUAACGAAGGGCCACUUCAGAGGGAUUCAGGAAUUCACCGACAGAACGACGAUGAUGAUAAUUUAUCCGAUGUCUCUGUGAGGAACACUCAAGAGUAUUUGGCACGACUUGGUAUUGUGAAUAGUAGCGGAGGAGUUCCACAAGGUACUUCUCGUCUUUGUUCCGACCCACGAGCUGGAAGUAGUAAGGAAUCGAUUCAUCACCACCAAGGGGUCCCUCUCGACAGUCUCCACAUUUUCGACGAAGAGGGUAACAAUGAGAACGACAUGACCUUAAUCUAUGCCAAGCUUAACGACGUCGCAGGCAGCGAUAGAGCGAGUUCGACGGAUGAAGGCGGAGGUGUCAAUACUUCCACUUUGGAGCAUGUUAUGGCGAUGGGGGGGUACGGAGAAGUACCAGCGGUGACGCACCAGCCCUCCAUGAACGGCUCUCUCAGUUCCAUUGUUCACAGUGAGGAGGAACUGGCAGGGAGUUACAACUGGGACUACCUCCUCGAUUGGGGCCCCCAGUACCAACCUUUAGCUCACGUUUUUUCCGAGAUUGCAAGACUGAAAGACGACACGGCGUCGGUGAAGAGCGGCGCAAGUGGCAAUUCAAGUGUGAAGAGUAAAAAUUCGGCGCCGGCGAAGAGCAUUCCCCCGCCUUUGAUCACGAGUGUGGCCCCCAGGUCUAUAGCAAUGCCCGUUUUGAAUUCGAGAGGGGGUUCUAGUCAUCACGCGGGAGGCCACAGUCAGAUGAUGAUGUUGCCGAGGUCGCCCAUCAACCAUGACGCUUCAGGGGCGACUUUUAGCACGUCGACGGCGAUGUCGCCGAGCUUUUCACCAAGUUUGUCACCUUUGGCUACUAAAUCGCCGUCUAUUUCGCCAUUGGUGACGCCCGGGUUGCCGACGAGUCAUCACGUGAUGGGGCGACAACCACCCCAAACGAGGACGAAAACUGUGGUGGAUGCGGAAUUGCGGAUUUGAGAGACUUUAUUUUAAAUCGGUGUACUAUAAUUUCGUGUAUAUAAUUAAAAAUGCUCACUAGGUAGUGUCCUUUCUACCUGCCAUUUUUAGCCAUAAAGACUAACUUUUUGUAAUAUGCUUUUUGUGUUUUGUAUAAAUUUUUCUUAAAUUAUUGUAGAUAUGUAUGUAACUAUUUUUUAUUCAUUGUAUUUAUAAAGAGCGAUGAAUCUAAAUUAUUGUCUAUUUCGAAUCUUGUUAACCAAAUUGUGCUUGUUAUUAUGUUGAUUAUGAAUGAUCAAAGAUGAAUGUGACUAGUUUUUAGUACUAAAUAAUUGUGUCAUAAGAAAUGUUGAUGCUGUAUAAAAAUGUACAAAUAAAAUAAAUGAAAGUUUUC